UCUUACCAAGUCAUGGUAAUUUGGUGAUUGAUUGAUCAAAGUCAAACCCCUAGCUUAGCUAGCUAUAGAUCCACUCAUUUGUAAUUUUCAUUUCAAAGUUCUGCCAUACGAAUUGCUUCUUCCUCCUGAUCAUUAUGUAUUUAUAACUUGAAUAGUAGCAUGCUCUUGAUUUAGAGGACAAAUCUACACACUAAACAUGAUUGAUACCGACGUGGACUGUCUAAUAGAGACCUUGAAGCAGCUCAUUGACUUCAAUUGUCCUUCACAUAUUUCCAAAAGUCCAUGGAUUCUUAAAGAGAGGGAUCGGUUCGAGUGGCUGUACAAGGAGCUAACCUCAUUAAGAACGUUUCUUUCUUGUUCGGAGGAGACUCGUUACACAGUCCCGGAAGUGAAAGCAUUGGUGAUAAGGAUCAUAGAUGUAGCAAGCAAGGUAGAAGAUAUGGUUGAUUCAUUUAUUUCUAGUUUUGCAGUUAAGAAUCCAAAAGAUUUUAACCAAGAUCCGUGUUUGGAUCUUGACGACGUAAAUCAUGAGGCGCCGAAUGUCUUUAAAGAUGAAGGAAGUUCAUCAAGAGUGCAUAUUGCAGUACCUAAUGAAGAUAAUAUUAUUUGGUUUGAUGUUGGAUUUGACCAAGAUUUUUGUUUGGAUCUUGGCGGUAUCAUGCAAGAGAUCCAAGCCAACAAAGGAGAGAUGGAAUUUGCAAAUCAUGAGGCGCCGAAUGUCUUGAAAGAUGAAGGAAGUUCAUCAAGAGUGAAUAUUGCAGUACCUAAAGAAGAUAAGAUUGUUGGGUUUGAUGUUGAUUUUGACCAAGAUCCUUGUUUCGAUUUUGACGGUAUCAUGCAAGAGAUCCAAGCCAUCAAAGGAGAGAUGGAAUUUGCAAAUCAUGAGGCGCCAAAUGUCUUGAAAGAUGAAGGAAGUUCAUCAAGAGUGAAUAUUGCAGUACCUAAAGAAGAAAAGAUUGUUGGGUUUGAUGUUGAAACAAGAGAAAUAUUGGAUACACUUGUUGGGGAUCAAAAGAAGCUAGACGUUAUCUCCAUUGUUGGGAUGGGCGGCCUUGGGAAGACCACUCUGGCAAAGAGAGCUUAUGAUGAUAUUUAUGUAACAUACCACUUUCAUAUUCGUGGUUGGGUUACGGUUUCUCAGACAUAUCAAAAGCUGGAUUUGUUGUUGAGUCUUUGUAAUUCUCUUUCAAUCGAGUCUGGAGCUGGAGAAAAGAACAUCGGAAAGUUGUGUGAAUUGAUUUACAAACGGUUAAAAGGUAAACGUUAUCUUAUUGUUAUUGAUGAUAUAUGGAGUGCAGAGGCCUGGAAUGAAAUACGGAUCUGUUUCCCUGAUGACAAUCUUGGAAGCAGAAUUUUAGUAACCAGUCGGCUUAUAAACGUUGCCUCAAACAUCAAACCAGACAGCCCAAUUCACAGGCUUCGUUUUUUAACCGUGGAGGAAAGCUGGGAUCUAUUGCGACAUAAAGUUUUUGCAGAGGAUGGCACUUGCCCUACAAAUCUACAGGAAACUGGGAAGCAAAUUGCUGAAAGAUGUAGAGGCCUGCCACUUGCGAUUCUUGUAAUAUCCGGGCUUCUUGCAAAGACUGAGAAAUCAGUCGAGCUGUGGACUCAAGUUUUACAUAGUAUAGGUUCUUAUAUUGUUAGUGAUUCAGAACAAUGCAUGAACACGUUAUCUUUAAGUUACAAUCACCUGCCACGACACUUGAAAUCAUGCUUUCUUUAUUUUGGAGCAUUUAAGGAAGACUUUGAGAUUGAUGUCAGAAAGCUGAUGUGGCUGUGGGUUGCAGAGGGUUUUGUAAAACCAGGUACAGAAAAUGUAGCAGAGGAGUAUUUGGUAGAUCUUAUUGAUAGAAGUCUGGUGAUGGUUGACCAAAAAAGGUCAGACGGGGGCGUGAAAGUGUGUCGUGUGCAUGAUCUUUUGCAUGAUCUGUGUUUAAAAAAAUCCAAAGAAGAGAAAUUUCUGAGCGAAAUAAAAGUCGAGCCUUUUUUAGGGCCGGGUUUUUCUACUAACUCAACGGAUCGGCGUUCAUUUAUCAAUCAUAAUCAUACUCAUGUGUUAGACUAUGUUUUUUCGAAACCGUUUUCCGCUAGUAUGCGUUCUUUUUUGUACUUUAAAUGGGGUAUCACCUGUGGCUUCCCAGAAGAAAAUGUUUCGUUUAUUUACUCAGCCUUUAAACAUAUUCGGGUGUUGGAACUUAAGUCAGUUGUAGCGCCAUUCUUGCCAACGGACAUAGGGCAGUUAGUUCAGUUGAGAUACUUAUCGUUACGCAUUUCUGAACCUGUUAUCCCUGAAUCAGUAUCAACCCUAUGGAAUCUACAAACCCUUGUAGUUUACGGGUUCAUGUGUCCGAUGGGGAUUGAUUUUCAUGUUUCUAAAGAUAAUAGUAUGACCAAUUUGAGGCAUAUAUACAUUUGGCCAUCUUUGAGAUUACAGUACCCUGUGGCAUCAUCAAAAGUUCAAACCAUUUCAAAUCUCCGUCUUCCUUUUGGGAGACAGCCCGUGUUGGAAAUGACCCCAAACCUUAAAAUGUUAGCUUGUGUUGUGUUACAACUGUCUGACGGUUUGGUUCUCUUCCCGCCUUUAGACACUUUGGUUCAUCUUGAAAAAUUAAAAAUAUAUAUUGACAAUGAUCUUAGUCUCCCAGAGCAGGCAAGGUUCACUUGUUUGAAUCGGUUACCUCAUACCCUAAAAAAAGUGACGUUUUCCAACUGUUAUCUUCCAUGGAAGGAUUUAUCGGAAUUUGGGAGAUUACCGAAUCUUGAAAUCUUGAAACUAUUGCGUGGUAGUUUUCAAGGACCAAGAUGGGAUCCAAAUGAUGGAGAGUUUAAAAAACUCAAGGUUUUGAAAAUUCAGUCUCCGGAGCUUGCAGAAUGGAAUAUGUCGAGUGAUCACUUUCCCGCCCUGGAAAAGUUAGUUAUGGACGGUUGUAGGCGGCUUAAGGAGAUCCCGAUGUGCUUAGGUGAGAUCCCAACCAUGGGAUUGAUUGAGCUGAGGUGGCCUAGAAGCUCAGCAGUUGAGUCAGCUAGACAGAUUAUUGAAGAGCAGCAGAGUCUUGGAAAUGAUUGGCUGAAGCUUGUCAUCUAUGAUCGUAGGAAAGGUCCUACCUGGGCUUUCAAUGAGAAGCUGUGUCCUGAUCUUGGAGUUGAGUUUGUGUACAGUGAUAGCUCAGACUCAGAGGAUUCAGAGUCAAUAGAUGAUAGGGUACAAGUGUCAAAAUCAGGUAUGUUCACUGUCGUGGAACUGACACGAUAAUUAUUUUUUUUUUUCAAACGGUGAAUUUCUUGCUCCCUGAGACCUGAACCCAAAGGCUUUGCCUUGUCAGUGUAUCACCAACCCUAGUGGUGACACGACAAUGAUUAUGGUUUAGUUUUUAUUGGUCUAAAUUAUUCAAUUAUAGUAAUUCUAGUUUUGUGAUUUUUGUCUCUUUGAUGUGUUAUUGUCUUUUUUGAGUGAAGAGUGAAUUGCAAGUUUUGUCCUUUAUCUUUAGGCCAUUUUGCAAGUUUUGUCUUUUAUGUUUAAAUUUGACGAGUUUUGUCCUUUAUGUUUGAAAAUCAAGCACGUUUUACCCUUUGGGACAAAACGUGCUUGAUUUUUAAGGACAAAACGUGCUUGAUUUUUUAAACAUAAAGGACAAAACGUGCUUGAUUUUUAAACAUAAAGGACAAAACGUGCUUGAUUUUUAAGGCCCAAAGGGUAAAACGUGCUUGAUUUUUAAACAUAAAGGACAAAACUCGUCAAAUUUAAACAUAAAGGACAAAACUUGCAAAAUGGCCUAAAGAUAAAGGACAAAACUUGCAAUUCACUCUUGAAUGAAUGUUAUUGAUGUAAAACAUAAUAAAAUGUAAUAUUUGCGACGUAUGUGUUUGGGUCUAUGAGAUAAGUUAUUUGAA